CGUCGAAAAUAAAGUUUGCCAUAGCAAAGCCUGUUUAUUCGAAGUACCCAAAGAAACCAAGUGCAGCGAACACAGUGAUUCAUUGAUACCGUCGAAGCAACAACAAUCGAGCAAGUGGUUGGACAAACCCUUUCGAAAAAAAAAAAAACAAAAAAGAAGAAGAAGGAGACACGGAAAAAUGCUGAAAAUAGGUUUCGUCGGCGGUGGCAAAAUGGCCCAAGCUCUUGCCAAGGGGUUCAUCAAAGCAGGUUUGACGAAAGGAGAACUGAUGCUCGCCAGUUGUCUGCCGACGGACGAGACCAGCAUCAAAGAAUUCACGGCGAUCGGCUCCAAGGCAGUCUUUUCGAACUCCGAGGUAGCGGAGAAGAGCGACGUGCUCGUGUUGGCCGUGAAACCGCAGGUGGUCAAAACAGUACUGCCGGAGCUCAAGGAAUGCAUAGGGAGCAAAAAGAUGCUGCUGCUGUCGAUAGCCAUGGGCGUUUCUUUGAAAUCCUUGGAAAGUGUGCUGCCCGCCGGUACACCUGUCAUCCGGGUGAUGCCCAACAUACCGGUACUGGUCGGCUGCGGAGCCACGGUGUACGUGAAAAAUAAGCACGCCAACGACACCCACGCCGAAAUCACCCGGAGACUCUUCUCCGCGGUGGGCCUGUGCGAGGAGGUACCCGAGACCAUGAUCAAUCCGGUCACUGCCCUGGCUGGCUCUGGUCCGGCUUACGUUUACAUGAUAAUCGAAGCCAUGGCGGACGGUGCAGUGAAAAUGGGACUGCCCCGACCAUUGGCUUACAAAUUGGCAUCGCAAACGGUCAUUGGGGCCGGCAACAUGGUCAAACAAACGAACAUCCAUCCGGGCCAGCUGAAAGACGACGUCUCAUCACCAGCAGGUUCAACGAUAACGGCGAUCCACUGCUUGGAAAGGAGCGGUUUGCGGGCGGCUCUCAUCGACGCGAUCGAAGCGGCUACGCUGAGGUGCAAGGAGAUCAAACCGAUGUCGGAGAUAGAUUGAAAGAGCCGGGGAUAAGCUACUGAUGCCAUGUAGGACUCGAGGGAUCCGCAGCCUGAAGCUGGUGGCUAAGUUGACUUGUGAAAGAGUGUGCUUUUGGGGAAACUUCGUGUUGCGCGAGGGGCUGCUUUAUUACUUUAGAACGAAACGAAAUCCGAGAUUUCUUUCGGUGGCUCUGUGUCGAGUGUAUGAAUCGCAGGAUUAUCAAUUUUUUAUUUU